CGCGCCCCUCUCCCUCUUUCAAAACCUUCCCGCCUCUCUAUCUCUCUCCUUAAAAACCCACCCGCCUCUCUAACCCUAAUCCGUUCAAUUAGCCCUCACUCUCACUCCCUCUUCCACUGGUCCCAAUCAUGGAGCGAAGAAUCCGAUCUUUACCAGGACAGCACUUUACCCGAUCCGAACCAUUCCUCAAGUACCUAAAACCUGGCGCCCUUGCCCGCCUUCGAGACUCGAAAAUCAGCGCCAGAUCGCAUAGAGUCAUCUCAAUCCCUCAGAUCUCACCUCACCGCAUGUCACCUCCACCGUCUUCAGACGGUGAUCAACCUCAGGUCAGCGUGAUCGACGCCUUCCCGUGCUUCUCUGGGAGGAUGUACGGUCCACGGUGUCCUCAAAGGAAGAAGCUCGUGGCGGCUAAAGCGGUACUAUUUUUGAGCACGAAUCAGUCAGCUCCAGGAUCUGAUCUUCCCGAUCCAGUCAUUGAUGUGUUUAGUAGUGAUAGUAACAUCGUUGCUGCUCAUUGACUGAGUGAGAUGCUUCAAUUAAUUUGCGAAAUUAUCCGUAUUGUUAAUUUUUUUGUAGAUUUUAGUUUUAGAGGAAGCUAGUUCAGAAAUUGUAUAAUGUGGUUCCGUUAUGGAUUGCAUGCAAAAUAUAUUAAAACUUGAAUUAAUAAAGAAAAUUAUUAACUUUCGGAUUAA